AAGGUAUCGAUUGCUGUUAUUGCGCAAGUACUGUAGUGAACCUUCUCUAUAAAACGUGGUUAUUCAUCAGAGAAAGGCGCAGCAGAAACUGGUACUUUGCUCUUCGAUACAGAUCAUCAUAAAGAUUUUCCAAAAACAGAAAACAUGAACUUGACUUUGUUAAUGUUGGUCUUCUGCCUGUUGAUUUGUUCGUCUUUAAGCACUCCAUAUUAUGGAUCUGAUAACUCUCUAGACGACUACAACGAUGGACUGACUCGAUACUUACUCUACACUAGAAAGAGAAGUUGCAUCAGACGCGGUGGUUUCUGCGACAAUAGGCCAAAUGAUUGUUGUUUCAACUCUUCAUGUCGCUGCAACCUCUGGGGAACCAACUGUCGAUGUCAGAGACCGGGACUCUUUCAGAAAUGGGGAAAGUAAAAUGCCGUUUGCAGGUUGUUUUUGAAGAAGAGGAAGAAGAAAAGCCGAACUUGGUGUAGACGGAGCCCUGUUGUUUUGGGCAUCGACACUACAUUGUGGACAUUAUAGAUAAUAUAUGUUUGAUAAAUAUAUAUUUCCAACUCCACAAUGUAACCUUCCAAAGGCGGAAUUCUUUUGGAAACACGUGGUGUUAAUCCAUUCAUUUUAACCCGUUGUGCUAUGUAAUUUGUUGUGUUAUAUUCCCUUUAAAGUAUAUAAAGGCCGUAAGCAGAAUAAAAAAGUAACUUUGUGCA